AUGACUUCAAAGUUUAGUGUUUCCUCGCCUUUGGUUGAAAAAUUUCUGCUUCUUGUAAAGAAUAAUCCGAUUCUAUACAACGUAUUAGAUGUCAAUUACGAAAAUAUUUCUUUGAGAAAUAGUAUCUGGAAAGAUAUAUCACAUAAGAUUGAAAAAUCCGUUGAUGAAACCAAACAAAUGUGGGAAAAUAUUAGAAAUUUAUAUUCAAAAAUAAUUGCAAGAAAAUUAGAAACGGGAUUAUAUUUCAAUAGAAAAAAAAUUUGGAUAUUAACCUAUCGCCUUAGAUUUUUGGAACAGUACGAAUGCAACCAAUUUUUGACUUUCAAUAUAACUAUAACUGAAAUGCAUAAACCUUCUAAACCUUCUACUUUCCACAAAAAGAAAGGAAUCGUCAAGAUGAUCAAUAAAACAGAAAGCGAUUUGCCAAUUAAAACAAUAAUUAAAAAUCAUCGUGUCUCUAAAUUUAACCAGAACGAUGAAAAUGUAGAUGAUAUGGAUUUGUUUUUUGAAAAUUUUUCAAUUAAAGCUAAACAAUUUCCAAGCACUGGAAGAACUGAAAUGAAGAUGAAAAUGUGUGCAUUAAUGAAUGAAUUGGAAGACAAAUAUUUAAUUAUAGAACCCUCUCUCAGUCCACGGCUGAAUCAACCCAUCUACCUUUUUAAAAAUGUACACAUUUCAACAGAAGAAAAUGAUUACUCAUCUAUGUCGUCUAUUCAAUCAUGUGCAUCGACAUUGCCUAGCUUACAUUCAGAAUCAGAAUCUUCGUAA